AUGGAAACUGGGAUUGAUCCACUUGAUGCCACGCUGGCUGGCAACGGCUGGAUAUGCCCUGUCUGCAUGGUAGAAGUUUCCAAGCGCUGCACCUUCUGUCAGGUGUGUCUGCGCUCACGACCGAUGGACCGUCGCGGCGUGCCGCAGAUCUUCGCCGGGUACAAGAUUCACUUUAACGGCGUUAUUCCUCGUACCAUUAAGCACCCAAGCCACUCAGUGGAAUGGCGCAUGGCGGAACGUCACGGAGCGACGUGCAUGGUGCAGUUCGAUCUCUCACAGGUGAAUCUGUUGGUGUUUCGGCCAGGUUAUGAGCGCAGCGACAAGGUGCGGAAGUGUGUGGAGGGUGAUGACCCCCGCACUCCUGCAGUCCCAAUCACGUGGAUGCUUGACUGUCUGUUGCAGUCACGUCAGAUUCAUACCGCGCUGUACCGCAUCUGUGCAAUUCCGGCGGUGGCGCAGCCAACAGGGAAGGGACCAGUUCUUCCGCACCAUAAGCACCCCUUCUACCUCAUGAACAUGGAGGAGUACGCUAUUCCUACCUCGUUCCCUCCCGAGAAGAAGCCGCGGAAGUCUUCAGCUACCUCUGCAAUGAACAUACCACCCAGCACGGAUGCAAACUUCCCACCAUUUUUUGAUGUGCAGGAUUUUCAAUACACAAACGUUGACAUAUUCCAAGCGGUGUGUACCACAGCGAACGCAACGGGAGUUCUAGUGGACGAACAGGACGACUACGGUGAGGCUCGUGAGACACGAAAGCGCACAGCUAAUAUUGAAAUUCUUAACUGUGAACAGCGCCACAAUCGUGUGGACAAAAUGCUGUUCAGUGGCAUGAAGUUUCUUCUCACUCCAUCGCUCGAGUCGGACGAAGUAGUGAUAUCGGCACUCAAGGCGUGCGGUGCCCAAGUCAUCCGUCCAUCGGAGGGCAGCCUUGUGAACUUGCUGAGGACAACCGUGACGCAUGUGCUCUACAGCUAUAGCGAAAAGAAGAGCAACGUCAUGAUCGAGGCGGCGCAGGCCAAGAAGGUGGUUCCCGGUCUCACUCUGGCACAGGCCAACUGGGCGGAGGACUGCCUGAUGCUCGGCGAAGUCAUUCCCGCGUACGGGGAGUACGUCCCGACGGCGAAGCUGAUGGAGACGCUCUCGAAAAAAUACGAUCGUCGUUGA